ACCUCGGCUCCACCUACAAGUGCACAUGCUGCUCUCCCGCUGCUCCAGACUUCUCCGGCCGCCGGCGCUAGCGCCGGCGGCCUCAGGGCGCCUCUACUCGUCGCUACCCGCAAGCUUCAGUGUCUCCCGGCAGGCGGCCUCGCAGACGGGCAGGACGGGAUACGAGCUCGACCCGAAGGACAUCGCGGACACCCUGCAGAACGACCCGAACCUUGCGGCCUUCUUCGACGCCGACACGCUGAAAGAGGUGGAGCGGGCGGCAAAAGCGCCCGCCGCAGACGCCGCCGAGCCAUACGACCCGUACGACCUCUCUGCCCUGCCCGUGUCCGCCGGCGACGCAGGCCCGGCAGGCUUGGUUGGCCCGGCAGACUCGGCAGGCCCCCAGACCAUGUCGACGGAGGCGUUCGUCAGGAUGAUGGCUGCCAGCGAGGCGCCCGGCGUAGGGCCGGCCAGCGGCGUGGACGACGCGGAAGUCCUGUCGUCGGAUGACUACCUCUCGGAAAUGCUCCAGCAGCAGCCCGACGGCGGUUCUGCCGCCGCCGUGGCGGCGGCAGCGAUGGCAGAGGAAAGCAAGAUUACCCGCUUCUUGCGCAAAGACGAGGUCGGCUCCCCCAGCAGGCUCCCGACUCAUCUGCCGUUGAAGAGUCUCGUUGGCACAGAGCUCCCGCUGGUGGUCGUGUCCAAGCUGACCGACCCAAGACUGAACCUCAGCAUUGAGAAGUACAUCUAUGACAACUACCCGGACCCGAAGGACCCGCUCAACCGGUUUGCACGGCGGUUGUUCCUCUACAAGAACUCGAACUGCGUUGUUCUGGGCAAGAAUCAGAACAUUUUCAGAGAAAUCAACCUGCGUCUUGCCUCGACGUACUCGACCCCCAUUUUGCGAAGGUUUUCCGGCGGAGGCACAGUGGUUCACGAUUUGGGGAACUUCAAUUUUUCCUUCAUUUGCCUGAAGGAGGACUUUUCCAGAACGGCGUUCACUACUGAGCUCGUCAACAAUUGGAACUCCGCUCUGCACAGCCGUAAAAUCCCAGGCGCCUUUGAGUUAGAGAUCAACGAGAAGGGAGACAUGAUCCGCAAGCUUGAUAAGAAGAAGAUCAGUGGCUCUGCCUUCCAAAUCUCGAAGGGCAAGUCUCUACACCAUGGAACGAUGCUUCUCAACUCAGAUUUGCACACUUUGGGCAGGUUAAUAAAACUGGAUGAGUCCAGGUUAUCCAGCAUCCAGGACCGUGCAACGAAGUCAAUUCCAAGCCCUGUUACAAACACAAACAUGGAUCAAAACACCUUUGUGGAACUGUGUAUCGAUUCGUUUGUCGGGAAAUUUGGUGUUCCUACAGACCUAGGCUCAAAAAUUGAGAAACUGAAAGUGGACAACUUGCACCUUGUCAGGCAUCAUAACAUAGAGGCGCAGCUUCUCAAAAUUGACGAUAUGACCGAACUACCAGCCGAGAUCUUGGAGACAUAUGAUCAGUUGUGCAGCUGGGAUUGGACUUUUGGUAAAUCCCCAAGGUUCCAAAUGGAUUUUACAUUGGAAGAUGGAAACAUGAAACUAAAAUUUGAUGUCAACCAAGGACGAGUAGUUGGCUUGGAGUUUGAUAAAGAUGACGAUGAUCAUCGCUUAGAUGAUCUCGUGCUGGCUCUGUCCACGAAAGGCAACGUGGUCGACUUCUCUGGCCCCAGCGUGAGUAAGUUCGUAUCAGAUGCUAAUCUCCGGAGACAACUAGCUUGGCAUAUUGAUCAGUGUACUGACUAUAAACGAAUUGGGGUGCAAAUCUAAAUAAACUUCAUGUACAUAGCAAAGACAGUAUAACGUAGUCCAUUCUUUUGACUUGAUUUGAAUCAAGGCCUCAUAGACACUAAUAAUUAACCGUCGGAAACCUUCCCAUUGUAAAAUUUAUUCCAUUUAGC